AUGGCGGACUAUUCACAAGGCCCCAUAGCUGGCGCGCCUCCAGCCCAAAUGGGAUACAACAAUGUCAACACAACAACUAUGAGUUCCAACCCGGAUAACGCAUUUUUGUCAACCGUCAGACCUCCAUACCGCCCAUGGCUGAAGUUUCUACCUAUCUUAAUACUAGUUUUCACAAUCGGUGUGAUUGCUAUGGUUGGAUACGUUGUUAAUGUGGUGGGAGAUGGGACUCAAAGUUUGGGAUUCAAUCUGUUCGCUGGAGCAUGGACUCUGAUCGUCGGUACCUUCUUGAUUUUGGCUUUCUGGAAUAUGCCCCACAUCCAUUAUAGAUGGAUAAUCUUCAUCCUCUCUGUACUAUCCUGCAUCUGGUGGCUCGCAGCCUUUGCAUACCUCGCAUCGAACACAAAACAAUCUUUCGAAGUAAUCAAGAUACUCGAAUCGUAUAGUUCAUUGUCCAGCACCUACAGUUUUGAUCCUAGUGAUUAUGGAUUCAGGAAAAGAGAUUUGAGUGCUCUCGGACUGUUGGAAAAAAGGCAGUCUGUUAGCCAGAUAUACGAAUAUAUCAGGAACCUUCCAAAGUAUAAGACGGCUGCGUCGGUUAUGGCUGGUGCCGCUGCGAUCGGUGCGAUCAUUUGGGUCAUCUUCUGCGUCUUCACCGUUUUCUACGCCAUGGCUCUCUUCAGCAGCUCUCCUUCCCAAUCAGCUCCAGCCGCGCCAAUGGGUCCUGUCCCAGUAGGCCAAGAGCCUAAAACCGAAACAUACGCAAAUGUCCAACCGGUUUAUCCACCGGCUGCCGCAACUACCGCACCUACUUUUGGAUAUCCAUCGAGGCCUGACAGUACUUUCUCUAGCGCUCCAACAUACAUCACAAACGACCCUAGGGAUCCCCGUGCGGCGCCAGGCGCUGAGUUUUUAACCCCGCCACCGCCUGGAGGGUAUACAAACCCGCAGUUUGAGGUAGAUAGGAAUUAUACAGUUAGUCCGUUGAGUGCCGUAGAAAUGCCGGCAGUGAGCCAGCAAGUGAAUUUGGCAGAAAUGCCGUCUGCACCGGCGGCGGACCAUAGAUAA